AUGUCUGUUACCAGUAGCGAACAAAAAUUUAGCGGUAAGUAUAGUUCGUAUACAGCCCAGGAUCGCCAAGGGCUUGUUAAUGCAGUGACGUGUGUUCUUAGCUCGUCAAGUGAGCCGGUGGCAGUGUCGAGUGACUAUUCCAAUAAUUUGAGCAUUGCUAGAGAAGUCAACGCGUACGCUAAGAUAGCUGGAUGUGAUUGGACCUACUAUGUACAAAAAUUAGAAGUUACCAUUGGUAGGAAUACAGACAACCUGAGCUUGAAUGCCAUACCAGGCGCAGUUGUGAAGAAGAAUAUAGACAUCGACCUUGGUCCUGCAAAGAUUGUGUCUAGAAAGCAUGCUGCGAUCAGGUUCAACCUGGAAAGCGGAUCAUGGGAACUACAGAUAUUCGGUAGAAAUGGUGCUAAGGUCAAUUUUAGAAGAAUUCCCACAGGUCCCGACUCUCCUCCCACAGUGCUACAGUCAGGUUGUAUCGUAGACAUUGGAGGUGUCCAAAUGAUUUUUAUAUUGCCGGAACAAGAAACUGUUAUAUCGGAUUAUUGCCUGAAUCACCUCAUGCCCAAAUUACUAUCCACUUAUGGUACGAAUGGCAACAACAACCCAUUGCUGCGCAAUAUUAUCGAAGGUUCCACGUAUUUAAGAGAGCAAAGGUUACAGGAAGAAGCUCGAUUACAACGGCUAGACCACCUACACACGCCAUUAUCAUCAUCAGAUGUCAAUCCUAUAGGGGAUCCGCAUGGAGACACGAUUAUGAUGGAGGAAGAAGAUGAUGACCAAAAUUACACCAGAGGGGGGAUUAGACCGAAUACUUACACGUCCAGUAGUACCAAUGUCAUCACUAACAAUAAUGUACCCCAUAUAGAAAAUCCGUCAGACUUAUCGCUGGAUGAAAACAGAUACAUCAAACCGCCACAGUCCUAUGCAUCGAUGAUCACUCAAGCCAUCCUUUCGACACCCGAAGGUAGUAUUUCAUUGGCGGAUAUUUACAAAUUUAUCUCUGAUAACUACGCAUUUUAUAGGUUUUCUCAAAUGGCAUGGCAAAACUCCGUGAGGCAUAACCUGUCCCUAAAUAAAGCCUUCGAAAAGGUGCCAAAAAGAGCUGGCCAACAAGGAAAGGGGAUGAACUGGAAAAUUAGCAAUGAGGUCAGACGUGAUUUCUUGAACAAGUGGAACGCCGGUAAGUUGAGUAAGAUUAGACGAGGCGCAUCAGUGACAAGGCAGCUGCAAUUACACAUGUCCAAAUUUGGAGAAAUUCCUGCUCCUGAAUCUUCUUCAAUAGACACGAGGGGAAUAAAAGCACAGAAAGUAAAAAAGUCCUUACAAGCUACUAGCUCGAUUUUAGGUGAGAGCGCUCCGCAAUUACAAAAAACUCAACUAACUGGCCAAAUAUCUACCACGACAUCGAUGAACGUAACAACAAACGCAAAUGUGAACAAUUCUGCUCUGAGUUGA